UGGAUUUGCUUUUAUAUGUCAGUGGGAAAAUGGAGGGGCUUUCCCGUGAAUGAAAUCUUUUUGACGGCCAACCAGUAUGUUCUGGAUCUUCUACAAAUGUUGGAGUUCAACAUGACAGUGUCUUUUCCGGCAGCCCCUUUGCUUACAGUGAUCUUGGCUCUUGUGGGAAUGGAGGCUAUCAUGUCCGAAUUCUUCAACGAUACGACUACGGCCUUUUACAUUAUAUUAAUCGUCUGGAUAGCCGAUCAUUACGAUGCAAUAUGGUGUCACACAGCGGUAACCAAACGCCAUUGGCUCAGAUUCUUCUAUCUUUAUCACUUUUCAUUCUAUGCUUAUCACUACCGUUUUAAUGGACAGUACAGCAGUUUGGCGCUAAUUACGUCAUGGCUUUUUAUUCAGCAUUCUAUGCUGUACUUCUUCCAUCACUACGAGUUGCCGGUGAUUCUACAGCAGGCACAGUUGCAACAACUUUUAUUUCGAAAUCAUACGCAAGCAGCUCAGCCACCGACGCCCAGUACUGCCCCGACGACGCCUGGACCUUCACCAGCUUCCACACCGACGCCGAUGCCUACCCCAAGUCCCUCGACGCCUACCAUCGAACAGACCCAGCAGAAUUAUGUUUCGGAAUUGUCUCAGCUCGAUCCAGAUCCUGAUAACCCUGCCGAGCGUGUCGACGGAAUAACUUCUUCAGCUUCUGCGUCGGUCACAGGGACAGCAGUGACGGCGGAGAUGGCAGCUACGACGGUGCCUUCUGCACAAGCAAUGAAGAGACAGAAAAGUGAAGAAGAGGCCUCAUCAUCGAGUAAGGUCGACACAGCAUCAGUAAGUGCCUCGAGCAUCGAGAUGGACUCAAAGGUCCAAGGGGAACAAUCCUCGUCAGAAGAGUUUGAAGUGAUCGAAUGCUCGCACACGUCUAGAAAGGAAAGAACCGCCGAGGACUUAAGCGAGGACGCCUAGAUGAAAAGGAGCAAAGGGAGACGAACGAUGAGAUGGUAGAAAGAGUGAGAGGAAGUGUGAGAGUGAGGAAGUGUUGAAGAAAGAAGUAGGAAGGAAUAUCGUGAGAGAAGUUGAUUCGUGCCGAAGGCGAUCGCGGGCGUUCUUAAAUGCGACCGAGUCAUCCCCCAAUAUUAAUGAAAGCACUUACCCGAAGAGUUACUGAUUCGAAAUAUCUUUCGAUAAUUGGAAAUGUGCACACGUGAAUUUCUAUUGCGUCUAUUCGCGAAUAAGUUUUACAAAAUGCGGAUGCUACGACAGGGAGAAAGAAAGAGGAUAGACAGAGUGAAUUCAGAAGUAAGAAUUUUUUCUGUAUAGUUUUUUUUUAAAUAUCUUCAUGGACGACUUGUAAGUGGCUAAAAGGAAGCUUGGAGGCUUUAAGAACACAGAUAAGGAGAAUUGCGUGGUGAUUUUUUAAUGUAAUUUCCUUUGGAAUGGUUUGAAUUGCACGCGACUCCUGCCCGAGUUUCUAUGUUGAUGAUAAUCGACAAUGAAAAUAUGUAUAUCUAAGUGUACGCAAUACGGAGGUGUAUUGUAGAAUUUUCAUUUUUUUUAAAAUUUAUUUGUCCAUACUGCUUGGAAAUCUGCGUAAUCGUGCGCUAUGACGGCAAAAACAUGUCGAAGCUUUCAACGAAUUCGAUGACUAUACAAGUUUCGUAGAACUUCUUCAGAGUUUCCUGUCAAAAGUAUUUAACGUCUUAAACGACAAAGCCAGUUAUAUCCUUUCAACGAUAAGCAUACAGUAAGCCUUAUAUGAUUAGUAAAGCCCUGUCCCAUGACUAUGAGGAGGAGGACAUUAGUGAUAACUAAUAAGUAAUAACAAUUCAGAACAUGUAUAAACAUUUAUCUAUAAGGUCUAUUGUAACAUUAAUUCGGAGACCGUAUUUGUUCUUAAUUAUUUUACAUCCAACGUGAAUUAGUACCAUUGCCGUAAUUCGUGUUCUUGGUACAAUCUUAGCGAUUGUUAACUUUUGAGAAAAAAAGCGAAAAACAAGCGUGUCAAAAAAAAGGAUUUAAGAUUAAUGUAAAGACAAAGAGCCAAGAGCAUUAGGCAGAAUGAUUCUUCCGUCAUAGUGUACAGCAGCAGCUCCUCUCCUUGUCAGCAUUUUCUAAUUACGCCGAGAUAACGAUAAAAAAGAAAUGAUUAGUUAAGUGAUUUAGGAAUGAGCGAGGAGACAAAAUUUACUAUAUACAGUAGUAGUUAAAGCUAUUAGGAAGUGACAACAAGGUACUUAUUGUAUUUAUGCAUAUUUAUUGUUUAAUAUUGAUAGUUGUCUGUGACAAGUGGGGCGGAAAACUUUAAUACGAAGAAAAGGGUGGGAGUGCGUGCGAUUGUGUGCUUGGGUUCCUGUGUGGCUGUAUAUGCGUGCGUGUGUAUAAUAACGAGAGGUAUAAAAGAACAAAGUAAUAGAACGCUCAUCUUUUUUGUUUUAUCGUUCCGAAGCAACACAUAGGUGUCCGCUUUUGUAAAAUAAUUGCCCGAUUUAUUUAUAUUUCUCAAAGUCUCUUCGGUUGUACAUAAUAUUAGUAUACUAUACAAUAAAAGCAAAGCUCUUACUAUAA